AUGGCGGAGAGCCAAGAUACCGCCAGGAAAAAUGUGAGUCGGCACUGUUUACUGCUGGCCAAGUGUGGUUUCAUCGGACUGAAGCAGCUAGCCAGCUUAGCUAACACGCCACCAUCGCCGGAGAGACCGCGGCCGCCUUCUGCGCGGGACGGACGCGGAGACUGUGGUCGGGAAAGGUUUCGAGUUCGGCGCGGAGGUGUUACUACGGAGGUUCUGCUGCUCACCGCUUUGUGCGGACUGAAACGGUCUGGAGAGGAGGCCGUAGGAACUGUUCUCGCUCUACAGAGCAGCGCUGUAAGCAGCUAUUCCUCCAGCUCUCCAAGCAGUCCGUCUCCCUGUAGGGCAGGGGAGGACUGUCCCUCCCGUAAAGGGAGACGGCGGCUGAAAAAGCAGGACCAAUUAAAGGAGGAGAGAAAGUGGCAGCUGUGGCUGCUAAAAGAACAGCGGGUGCAGCUAAGGAAGAGCCCAAAAUUGUGUCGCCAGGAGCUGAGGGACGAGCAGUGGCAGAAAAUUAAAGAGUUAAAGACCCAGCGACGUCACAAGAAACAGGAGCGACGAUUGAAGAGGCAUAAGCAAAGGCUAGAAUUUCCUCCUCCUGACGAAAUAAAUAAAGAGGAAAUAAAAAAAAAAACAAGAUAUCAAGAAAUCAAGAAAUACUUUAGAUUGGUAAAAACAACAAAGGACGGGCACAGGAGGGAGAGGCUGGAAGUCCUGAAGGGUCACAAGGAGGAGAAGGAGAUGCUUCUCCAACAAGAUACAGAAGGCCAUGGCUUGAGUGGACCUAAAGAUCCAGGGGAAGGCUGUUCCUCACAGUGGGAAGAUUCCAGAUGAGUUCUUAUGGGGAGGCCUCCAAAGGGGCUGCGCCUUGGCCGACCUGCUCGGCCUCCGGAGGGGCGCUGCCCUCGCCAUCCUGUUUGGCCAACAGAAGGUUUCGCCUUCACUGACGGCCGCCCAAGAGUCCUCGACGUCCUGCCUGGCUGUCUGAGGGGCUCUAAACUCGGCGUCCUGUUUGGCUGCCAGAAGGGUUUUGCCUUCGCCGCCGGCUGCCAGGAUUCUGCCUUUGCCAUCGGCCGCCGAAGGGGUUCCCCUUUGUGUGCCCUCUGUUCCCUGUCUCCCCAUCGACUCUCUGCGCCCUCCUUGUGCCGUUUUGUUUUUCUUGAACAUUUUUUGUUCCUCCUCCGGUCUUCCCUCUCCGCCCUCCCAGGGUUGUUUUUUGUUUUGUUUGGGACGUCUGAGAUCAGUCCCUUGAGGAGGGGGUACUGUUGUGGUUUUGGACUUUUCUGUUGGGGUUGUUUAUAUUUCUGUUGCCUGUUAUUAUAUUCUGUAUGUUUUUGUAUAUCGUUUCUGAGGAUCGUGUAUAUUUCUGUUCCCUGUU